UCCUGCUCCCCUAACUAUAGUGUAAACGAGACUGAAAUAGACAAUGAUUAUUUUGAUGAUUGUUUGUCAAGUUUACUGAUGGAAACCUCUAAAAACUUGCGACCGAAACAAAUUUGAAACUCUUUGCUCUUUGGCAAGUAGGUAACAAACGCACGGGUCGAGAUGCAAGAGGUGGAGAAUCUCUGCCGGAUAUGCACAUGCAAUGAGGAGCGAUCAGCUUUUGUUUGCAUUUUUGCCACUACGAUGAAACUGAAGAAGCAGCGUACGGCAUCGGAACAGCAUCAGGAUGGCGAUCCGGAAUCGAACUCCGCUAGCAUAGAAAGAACCGUCGCUGAAGUUAUGGCAGGCUGUUUGGAUAUUGAGAUCAAACCGAACGAUCAACUGCCCCGUAGAAUUUGCCAGGAUUGCAUGUACCGGCUGCAGGAAUCAUGGUCCUUGCGGGAAACUUAUAAAGCUAGUGAGAAACGCUUGAGACAAUUACUAAGCAGCGAAUCAACGUCCACGAAGGUGAAAUUGGAAAUGUUUUUGGAGGACGCUUCCGAUGAGGGAGAUACGCAGAUUCAGGAGUCUUUCGUUGAUGACGAAGUGCUGGAGGAUGAUGAUAAUGUCAUCGAAAAUAAACCUGCUACUAAAGUAGGCAGUCACGAUGACCCGCUGCAUUCAGAGUAGUGGAAAUUUUCGGAUUUGCCCAAGGGUCAUUAUAGGACUCGGAAGAGUGACGAUUCAAACUGGGAGUAUAUUGAGGCAGAUGAUCAUCGAUGUUGUGGGUGUUUUCAUAUUUUUAAAACAAAGGCGAUGUUGGACAAGCACUGCAAGCGAGAUCACAAACCGGAACUUCAUGGGGAUAAAAAUAGGCGUUACGAAUGUAGCACUUGCUUGAAACUUUUCUCAAGCACCGAUUCCUUAACUUUUCAUCAGAAAAUCGCACGAUCGCGGCAAUUGUUUCAUUGUAAAUUGUGCCAUGUUCUGUCGCCAAGUAAAAGACAGCUAAAUGCUCACUUGAAACUGCAUUCGGCGGAAGAAUUGCCAAUCAAUCGUGUCAAAAUUUCUUCCAAACCAAAAGCGAUUCCCACAUCAGAGAACGCCCUCGAAGCUACUUUGCAAAAGUUUCCCUGCAAAAAAGUUUUCGUCACUUUUGAUUAUUUCACUUUUGCUGGAUACUUUUGUUGUGACUGUUCGAUCUACUGCGAGAGCAAACGAGAAAUGAAGCGCCAUGGGGAGAAGACGCAUCAAGGGAAUCGUGGUUUUAACGAGCAAUACUCAUGCUUCGCCUGCUUGAAGUCAUUUGAGUCGAAGGAAGAGUAUGAAAAGCACAUGCUUGUUUUGAAUUCCCAGCAGGUCUACUACUGCAAAACGUGUCAGCAAAUAUUCUCAUCAGCAGAAAAGUUGAGGGAUCACCAACAAAGCAGCGACAAACACGAGGGAUUUGUCGAACUAGAUAUGCUCGAUGUGAAAGAAGAGAUCGAAGGGGAAGGAACGUCUGAAAUGUUGGACAUUCAACCGAUGCCAGCAGCUGGAUCUCAAAUAGCGAGACCGAGAAGGACUACCACUAUCGUAGAACGGAGGGCAUCUCCGAUGGACGGUACUGUAGCAAGUGGUGAUGACGAAGUGGAUGAAGACGAGGAUUAUGAACCCGAAGAAGUUCAUAAUUUCAAGGAACCAUACGGACGGCGGCUUUACGUUCAACAGGCGUCGAAACGAAACGAUCCGGAUUUGGCAGAAAUAUCCGUCGUCGACAUCAGCGGACAAGAUGCGGUUCGUUGCUGCGGCUGCUAUCUUACCUUCAUCACCGAAGAAGAGCUUAUCGAUCACUCCAAUCAGUGCCAUCGACAAUUUGAGCAACUGGACGAGAAAGAUCGUCCCUAUGAAUGCGAUCGAUGCUUCCGUAGAUUCGUCAAAGCCGUAUCCCUUCAAAUUCAUCAGCAAUUUGUGAAAAACGUGCAGAUCUAUUCCUGCAAGCUGUGUGAUCAAAAAUUCAAUUUUCAAACACCGUUUUUGCUGCAUUACGAGUCGCACGAGCGGUUUAAUGUCCGGGAUGAUAGACGGGGACCGAAACCCAAACAGUCGGAGGACAGCAGUAAGUUUUUCUGCUGUUUCACGGCUUGUAAGUCCUCGUUUGUGGAAUAUAGCGAUCUGUUAACUCACGUGGACGAGAACCAUGGUGUAAAACGGAACCAAUUUAAGGACUACCGGGACACCGACGAAAACUGUUGCGAAAUUUGCUUCCGCAGUUUCAGCAACUAUCGAGGACUAAUAAGACACGUAGUUGCUCAAAGGAAGUCCAAUUCCGGCGGGCGACACACUUGCAGUACAUGUGGCGUUCAGAUGAAAUCGCUCGCACAACUCAAAGAUCAUGAAAACAAACAUUUGGGCAUUAAACCGUACGAAUGCGACGUAUGCCAGAAAACGUUCGGAACCAAAACCAUCCUCAAGAACCAUAUGAUCGUGCAUCAGUCGGAUCGUCCGUUCAGUUGUGAAAUUUGUGGCAAAACUUUUGCAAGGAAGCGCAACUACAAGGACCAUUCCAUGACACACACAGACGAGAAGCCUUGGGAAUGCGAAAUCUGCAAACUGAGGUUCCGGAUCGAGUCACAGUUUCUCACCCACAAAAGACGUCACACUGGCGUUCGGCCGUACAAGUGCAAAUUUUGCGAUAAGGUGUUUUCCCAUGCAACGGAUCGAAAGCGACACGAAAUGGCCGCCCACACAGGGGAGAAACCCCACCAGUGCAGCUUCUGCCCGUUGGCGUUCAUCAGGAAGCGGCAGCUGGUGAUUCACGAGCGAACUCAUACGGGCGAGAAACCGUACGAGUGUCAACACUGCGGGCAGGCAUUUAUUCAGCAGAGCUAUCUGACGCGCCACUUGGCGACGCAUAAGCAACGAGAUGAGAUAUCGUUUUAGUGGAAUGAGAAUGUGGAUGUAUAGACGAAUGAAAUAACAUAGAAUUGUAA